AUGGUUCGAGAGAAAAUAACAGUAUCUACUCGGACACUACAGUGGAAGUGUGUUGAAUCAGCAGCAGACAGUAAGCAUCUUCUUUAUGGGCGCUUUAUUCUGUCUUUGCUUAUGAAAGGUCAAGCAGACACAAUAGGCAUUGCUAUGCGAAGAGCUUUGCUUGGAGAAAUCGAAGGAACAUGUAUCACACGCGCAAAAUCUGAGAAAAUAUCACACCAAUAUUCUACCAUAAUGGGUAUUCAAGAAUCAGUACAUGAAAUUUUAAUGAAUUUAAAAGAAAUCGUAUUGAGAAGUAAUCUCUAUGGAACUUGUGAGGCGUCUAUUUAUGUCACGGGCCCCAGAUAUGUAACUGCUCAAGAUAUCAUCUUACCGCCUUAUGUAGAAAUCCUCGAUAAUACACAUCAUAUAGCUAGCUUGACGGAACCCAUUGAGUUGGUUAUUGGAUUACAGAUAGAGAAGAAUCGUGAAUAUCUUAUAAAAGCGCCAAAUACCUUUCAAGAUGGAAGUUAUCCUAUAGAUCAUGUAUUCAUGCCGGUUUGAAAUGCGAAUCAUAGUAUUCAUUCUUAUGAAAAUGGUAAGAAAGAGAUAAUAUUUCUCGAAAUAUGGACAAAUGGAAGUUUAACUCCUAAAGAAGCACUUUAUGAAGCCUAG